UUCUCAAUAAUCUAUCUCGUCUUCUUGGGGCUUUUGAUUUUUUGUCUUCUCUCAAGUCUCACUCUCCCCAUUCUCUCUCCAAAGAAUCCAUACCAAACCAAAACUCAUUAAACCUCUCAUCACUAGGAAUAUAAGUAAAACAAAACAAAAAAAAAAAUCUACCAGUAGAACUCCUCACUAGAUCUCUUCAGAAUUCAGAUAGAUUCAUUCAUCAUUUUUCUCUGUUAAUGACAAUCAUACUAAAAAUUCUUCUUCUACUACUAGUACUAAGCAUAUUUUUCAGAGAUUCAUAUUCAUGUUCAUCAUCAAGAACUGAAGAAGAAUCUUCAUGUUUCAAUUCAACAACACUAUCUUAUCCAUUUUCAACAACCCCAGGUUGUGGAAACCCAUGGUUUCAGAUCCAUUGCUCAAACCAAUCUGUUCCAGUAAUCUCCAUUAAUGGGUUCUCUUUUUCUUUACUUCAUUUUGAACCAAACACUUCUUCUUUACUAGUCUCUCCUUUAUCUCUUCUAAACCCUACUGAAAAAACCCACUGUUCUUCUGUUCUAACUCGUCGUUCUAUAAAUCUCUCUGGUUCACCAUUUAGAUUCUCUGAUUCAACUUGUUCUCGUUUAUCUUUCGUUAAACCUUGUAGUAAGCCAGCUCUUACAAAUCUUCCGAAUUGCAGUGUUUGUAGUUGGGAAUGUGAAUUAUAUAAACAACCAAUUAAACUAUUACAUGGCUGUGAAUCAAAGAAUCAUUCUGAUAAUCAGGAAGAAGAUGAGGAACAUAAUGGUUGUCAAGAAGAUUUCUUAGGGUUUUUAGAGAUUUAUCUAAAGAAUGGUAUUCAAAUCCAGUAUGAUGAAAAUUUAGAUACUUGGUUUUCAAAUUGCAGAACUUGUGAAUCGAAAAAUGGGGUUUGUGGGUUUAAUUCAUCAGACCCACUUAAACCCUUUCUCUGUUUUUCAUCAUCUUCAUCCCAGAACACAAAUGAAGCUAUUAUCCAUAAGCAUAAAUCAAAAAAGAUUGCACUUUUAAUUCCACUCUUCAUUUUUGGUUGUGUUUUAUUUCUCACUGCACUGAUAUUAGCACUGUUUAGAUUCAGAAAAACUUAUCCUUCUUUUCAAACUGAAGAAGAUCCAACUACUCUGUUUCUACAUAAACAUCGCUCGCCAAAUCUGUUACUACCACCUGUGUACAGUUAUGAAGAACUUGAAUCUGCAACAAAUGGGUUUGAUCCAAAACGUAAAAUUGGUGAUGGUGGAUUUGGGUCUGUUUUUCUGGGGCAAUUAUUUGAUACUAGACUUGUUGCUGUGAAAAAACUUCAUAAAUUACAUAGUACUACUGCUGCUAGUAAACCAUUUUGUAACGAGAUUUUGAUUCUUUCGUCUAUUAAUCAUCCGAAUCUUGUCAAACUUCAUGGGUAUUGUAUUGAUCCAAGAGGUCUUCUUCUUGUUUAUGAUUAUGUCCCUAAUGGUACCUUAGCUGAUCAUCUCCAUGGUUCCAAUGGCUUACACCGAAAAGGGUCUUUAUCUUGGCAGGUUCGAGUUGAAGUGGCAUUACAAACAGCAAUGGCAGUUGAAUACUUACAUUUCUCAGUAGACCCAGCAAUAGUUCACAGAGACAUAACAUCAUCAAACAUCUUUGUCGAAAAAGAUAUGAAAAUCAAAGUCGGAGAUUUCGGUUUAUCGAGAUUACUAAUAUAUCCAGAAUCAUCAGUAUCGUCUAGAUAUAUCUGGACAGGUCCACAAGGAACACCAGGGUACUUAGACCCAGAUUAUCACAGAUCAUUUAGAUUAACAGAAAAAAGUGAUGUAUAUAGUUUAGGUGUAAUAUUAUUAGAAUUAAUAUCAGGAAUGAAGGCUGUUGAUCUGAACAGAGAUAAAAGAGAAAUAGCUUUGGUUGAUCUUGUUGUAUCGAAAAUUCAAGUUGGUUGUUUGCAUCAAGUAAUUGAUCCAGUUUUGGUUAGCAUUGAAGGUGAAGGUGCAGAAGGUAUAAUAAGCAGUGUAGAAUCAAUGGCGGAAUUAGCUUUUCGAUGUGUUGCGGCUGAGAAAGAUGACAGACCUGAUGCUAAAGAAGUUGUGGCUCAACUGAAGCAGAUCAAGAAUUGUUGUAUUUCUACUGGUAGACAUAGAUAGACGGAGUUUCAAAUGCAAGUGUUAAUUUGAGUUAAUAGUCAGUCAGACACUUGCCAGAAGGUCUGGAUGUUUCUUGGGGCAUUUGCCCCACUACUGUUGUACAUAGUUAUCUUUGGAGCCCUAUUUAUACAGGGAGUGUAAAAUGUAGAUCAAGAGAUCAUUAUUAGCUUAAGUCAGUUUUUUAUUUCAAAUCAAAAAUUUGUUACAGAAGAAAUCAAGAUGAAUUCAAGCGUAUUA